AACCCGCGCGUCGCACGGUCGGUCGGUACGUUCAGUGCUCGCGUUGUCGCGCUCGGCCGCUCGUUCGUUCGUCUCGCGCACCGUUCGCUUCUUGCCGUCGUCUCUCACCGCGGCUCACGCCGAAUCCUACCGCGACGAAACCGGCUCGCGUUCAGUGAGACUCCUCGUCCUUUCCUCUGUUCUCCGGGAUUGACUGACCGACCGUACGUGCGUUCCAUCCGUCCUUCCGUCUGUCAUCCAUCCGUCAGUCUGCCCGGAGGUGUUUGAUCCGAGGCGAAAGCGGCCACCACCACGGGGAUCCGGCCGGACCUCGAGAUACCCUUUGGAUUUUCAACGGCUCCUCUACCGCGGUGGAUCGUCCCAGCACGCGGCCGCAACGCCGACGCGAAUCUCUCCUGCAUGAUCUCUGUUACGACCUACGUGCAUCGUACAGUAGAGAACGCAGUAGAGAGACAGCCGCAGAGCAACGAGGAUGUAGCCCGCAAGGGUGACUGCCGCUGUGUUUCGACGAGAAAAAGAGAGAGAUAAAGAGAGAGAGAGGAAGGGAGAGAAAGAGAGAAAGCAAGCUUAUACGAGUUUGAAAUCGACGAUGAUGACGCGCGCGGUACAGGGAAGAGGAAUCGACCGAGGGAAGAGCAGGGCAGUCUAGAAGAGCGAGAUAGAUUAGAAACAGGAGAAGGCAGGAGAGAGAAAGAGACAGAGAUCUCCUCUGCGGAGGGAAUGCGCCGGAUGUUAUCGCGCGAGACGCCGAGACUGAUAAAAACACUGCCAGGAGUAAUGACGAGCUAGAUCGCUCCGUCCGCUGAACCGUUCCGUCGAUCUUAGCUCUCGCUCCGCGAUCCCCCCGUUCCUAGCCCCCCACGUAUCAGAGCUCUACCCUCGUCCCUGCUCUCACUCGCAGACACACGUAUAACACGUACGCACGUUAAUACACGGCAUCUCCCUUCUACCACGUAUUCUCGAGAUCAAAGACUGAAAAUAAAAGGUGGCGACAACAUGUUGGGCGUGAGUCAGCCGGGCAACACGCCCUCGAGCUUGCGGCAUUCGGCGAGCUUCUCCUGCUUGCAACGCGGUACCGCCGGCGAGGGUCAUCGUGCGAGGACCUCGACGUUGCUGCAGCAACCGAGUCUGCAGCUGAGCGGCGCUCAUCAUCAGUAUACGUCCGGUCAGACGGCCGCGCACUCUCUGCUGCAGCAACAGCACCAUCAACAACAACAACAACAGUCUCCGGGCGGUGCUCGAGUGCAUCGCGAGACGCUCGAUCCCGUUCAAGACGGCAACGAUUACGGCUUCGUGAGGAUCCGGCCACGGUUGCGCAGUACGAAUGCGACCUUGUAUCACGAGGAAGAGGUGGCGGCCGCGAAGAACGCGCUGCGGGAACGCGACGCCGCGGCGUUCAGCGACCGCGAGUGCGACUCCAACUUCAGAGACUGCGCGUUGAAGGUCAAGGACCGUGACCUCUCCCCGAAGGGCACCGCGAAGAAUCAGAACCCACUGCGCGGCGCGUUGAUACUCUUCUCAACGUCGUCCUGGUGGAAGGCGCGCCAAAGGGAAGAACAACUGAACGCCAGUGGUGGUGCCGUCGCUGCCGUCACCGCGCCUUCCUCGGAGAGGAAGUGGUCGAGCACCUCGAUAGCGUCGCCGUCGAACGAGAGAAAGUGGCAGUCUUCGAUGACGUCGCCCACUAACGAACGGAAAUGGUCCGUGGGUAACAGUCUACUGACGUCGCCGUCCAAUGAGAGGAAGUGGACCAGAUCGUCGGUGUCGUCGACAUCGACGAGCCAGCAAGACCGGAAGUGGCGGUCUCUCGGCGCACUUCUAAGGACUCCCGGCAGCGGCGGCAACGGCAGCAGCGGUAACUCUCACGCCAGUCAGAACUGCUUGUCGCACAACAUGAGCGUGUCCAUGAUCGAGGGCGAGCCUUGCCGCGACGAUUUGCGCGGCACGAGCUGCAAGGCGCGUUAUCAACAGCCGACGUCCUACUCGGCGCGCGUCUCCCGCGUCAGUAGAGACGUCUACAGGGAGAGCACGGAGUUCGGGCAAGUCGGCAGGUCGAAGGUCAGUCGCAGACUAUACCAGGACAGCGAGUCGACCGAUCGCGAGAUAGACGAAGGUCGACACGCGCCGCGCAACCGGCAUCACAUAAUAGACGACCUGGAGUGCAGGAACAGCAAUCGAGACGUCUGCAGAGCCGUGGCGGAUCAGAGCCAUGUCGUGGAGAGUCGCAGCACGACCUCCACCAGGUCGAGUCGCGCGCAGAGCUUUUAUCUGCUGGACGACUUCCUGCGACCGCAGCCGCAGAUGAGCGGCAAGUGCAUGCUGAAUCUGUAUCUGUCGCCGUCGCAGGCCGGCAAGUCGACCGGCAAUGCUGAACAACAACACGGCAGGUCUUGCGAGGUCAGACAGGCCUGCCAGGCGAACGUCAGCAACAUCACGCCGCCACGACGCCACAAUUCGAGCUCGGACAGCCUCGAGGUAGCCACCAGUCCGUUGCCGCCGCCAGUGCCGCCGCCACCACCGCAAGCGAGCACCGCGAGGGACCGCGAGCGCAAUGAGAACCCGAAGGACGGUAAGGAGGUGUGCCCGUGCAAACUGUGCUGGACCAAUAUGCAGAGGUCCUUCAUGGAAGAGGUGAGUAGGCGAUCCAAAGAACAUGCGUCACAAGAAAAGGGAAGGAGUCCUGGAACGUUGCACAAAGAUGUCGGCGGCGCCGGUACGAAGGUCAGCGAGAAAACGGUCGGCGGUGUUGGCACGGCGACCCUCACCACGCUCUCCUCCAUUAAUAACGCAUCCAACACCGGCCGAAACAAAAACAACCCCGUAUCUCACGAGAAAUUACCGUCUUUCUUUAAUACCAAGCCGACGCGCGGAGUGGAUAAAACGGACAACAACAAUGCCAACAAUUCCAACACGAGUAACAACAUUCACAAUAUGCCGCUGCACAACGAGCCCCUCAGCGCUACUUCUCACGAAGUAUACGCUAGGAGACUGCCAAUGACACCCCAGGAAGCGGUGAAAUACUACGGCUCCAGGCUGACGGAAUUCGAGCGCGCCGAGAUCGAGAAGUACUCGGAGAUCUGGUACCUGGGCCUGACGGCCCACAAGAUCCACGGCGAGGAGGUGUCCUCCCAGAACGGCGGUUACGACGACGAAAAUGGCAGUUACAACAAGGUCCUGCACGAUCAUAUCUCCUACAGAUACGAGAUACUGGAGGUGAUCGGCAAGGGAAGUUUCGGCCAGGUGAUUCGAGCGCUGGAUCACAAAACGGGACAGCACAUCGCUAUCAAGAUCAUCAGGAACAAGAAGAGAUUUCAUCACCAGGCACUGAUCGAAGUUAGAAUCUUGGAACACCUCAGGAAGAAGGACUUAGAAGCGAACUCGUCGCACAAUGUGAUACACAUGCUAGAGUAUUUUUACUUCAGGAAUCACCUGUGCAUCAGCUUCGAGUUAAUGAGCUUGAAUCUGUACGAGCUAAUCAAAAAGAACAACUACCAGGGAUUCAGUCUGAGCCUAAUCCGCCGUUUCGCUAACUCGUUAAUUAGCUGCCUGAAACUGCUCUAUCGAGAGAACAUCAUCCACUGUGACUUGAAACCGGAGAACGUGCUGCUGAAGCAACGGGGAAGCAGCUCGAUCAAAGUCAUAGACUUCGGCUCGUCGUGUUACAGUCACCAGCGUGUGUACACAUAUAUACAGUCCAGGUUCUACAGGAGUCCAGAAGUGAUUCUCGGUCUUCCUUACGGCACGCCGAUCGAUAUGUGGAGCUUAGGCUGCAUUUUAGCCGAGUUAUACACGGGAUAUCCGCUGUUUCCGGGCGAGGACGAGAUAGAACAGCUCGCCUGCAUCAUGGAGGUCCUUGGCCUGCCGCCUGAGCACAUUAUCAGUCACGCGUCUCGUCGCAGGCUCUUUUUUGAUCAGAAAGGCAGUCCGCGAUGCGUAACAAAUAGUAAAGGCAAGAAAAGGUGGGCGGGCAGCAGAAACCUCUCAAUAGCCCUUCGGUGCUCCGACAUGCUAUUUGUAAACUUUGUUAGCAGAUGCCUCGAGUGGGAUCCAAAGAAGCGUAUGACCCCCGACGAGGCGAUGCGUCACGAGUGGCUGAACUCGUCGUCCUCCCACGUGAGCUCCUCCUCGUCGGCGAUAGCUUCGUCGACAGUGAACGCGAGCGCGAACACGACGACGAGCAGCGUCGAGACGUCGCAGUCAGCGCACGCGCAGACGGUUAGCGUGACAGUGAGCGCGCCACGGCAGCGCGCCACGACGAUGGAGGACCCGCCGUACACCAUGUACCGAUUAUACAAGGGCCGCAAGUACGUCCAGAAGAUCUCCACGACGUCGGGCGACAACACCGACAACGGCGGCGGCGGCCUCGUGGUGAAGAGCAAACUGAACGGCAGCGCGAGCAGUCACGCGCUAGCGAGCAGCACGCAAACAGCGACGUCGAGGCACGCAUCAACCGGCGACAUCGUCGCGAGCCUCGAUCCGAAUCUCGACGACUCAGGCACGUUUCUGCCGCCGAUAUUGUGAAGUCGGGUUUGCGCCAGCCACUUCUAAACGCACUCUCACCUCGUGCCGCACUCCCGUCGCGCGAUCGGACUCGCCUCUUGCGCCUCGUUCUCGUAUCUUCUUCGAGAUAUGGCCGCAAGGGUCGCGACGCGACUCGCAAUACGUGGUCGCUCAAAAGAGAGGUGUUCCGGCACGUGACGGUCUCAAUUGAAUCGAGUACACGCUGAUUGACCAUCUCGCGGUCGCGAAACUGCGGACACGUAAUUAAUACGUGUGUCGCGGGCGAGUGCAGUUGAACAGAUCGGCGCGUAUAGAACUGGCUGGCCAGCCUGACGACGUUUACUGUUCCCGAUGCCAAACGACUGGACAGACAUAAACCGAGAGAGAGAGAGAGAGAGAGAGAGAGAGAGAGAGAAAGAGAGAGAGAGAGAGGGAGUCGCUAGUCUCGGGCACAUGCAUCUAGCUAUGAGGCCAAAACGAUUUGACGACGGUGAGAAGAGCGCGGCGGGCGUGUCAAACAAACAGGAGCAAUACGCGGCGAUUGCGAGGUCGAAUUCGUGCGCUCUCGGGAAUUCUGGCGAUUGUCACUCAGGUAAUCGUAACGAAACGCGCAUUAUAGUUACUCGCGGACAAUGUUUAAGUAUUGCCGCCCACAGCGAGGGUCAUUAGUGAAAUCGUUCAAUGUAUACCGAUCACUUUUCACGGACCAUCGUAUAUUUAUCUGGUUCGGCUGUUUCGCACGUUAAGCGCGUGAUAUUCACGCUAAUGGAAUCUCAGUCGUAAAUGUACUAAAAUUAUAAUUGGAAGUUCGUACGAUAACAUGUUAUUUCGCACUAAAGGAGACCGUCGACGGGCCGCUAAGCGAUGACUAACAUGUCGUUGCAGGUCACAUCAGUCAACAACGGCUGAACAUUCACGCGUGCGAGUGUGCACUCGGUUACUAAACGGUGGCCACACAUUUCUCCGAAUGAAGUUUCAGCGCUCCUGGUUGUCAUGGAUCAUAAAACACGUUCGCGCUAUAAUCAGUGAUGGCAGGAGUUCAAAUGACAGUACAGGGUGUGAAAAUAAAUUUGAUCAACAUAACAUUCAAAUAUUGUUGUCUUCCCGUAGUUUAAAUUACGAGCUUGUGGACUUUAAGGCUCUGCUAUCUCGCCGCAGAAAGUCUUAAUUGACGGUGACACCUAGCAGUGUCGAGAACACGAAAUAACUGUGUCAGCGUAACUGAUUGGCUGACACUAGGCCAGGCUCAUGCCAGGCCUCGCUUGACACCUCGGAAAGUUUAUUGCGUUUUAUUGCGUUAUUUUUCAGUUUCUAUGUGAAGUGUAUAUAUUAUCGUGAUCCUCACAACCGUAAAAUGUGCAGCAAACACUGUGAUACUGAUGAUACAUUGCGAAAAUCGAGAAAUUCAAUGUGUUUAUACAUGCUGAUAUCUCAGCUGUCACAAACCAUCGUGACAACCGAAAAAUGUAACAUUAUUUCAGGAAUUAUUUUACGAUGCUACGUGAUAUAUCAGCCAGAAAUCUGAGUUUACUGUAUUUUUUACAGGUUUCAGGAUUAGGAAAAUAUUUGGUUCUUCAGGAAAAAGUAAAAAAUAAAGCAAUAAGACGCAAGAAACUUUCGGUAUGUCAUUUCUCGUUUCUGACGUCAUCCAAUAUAGCCGCCCGAGAAAUAGCAAAGCCUUAAAGGUUUAGAUAUAUCCCUUCAUUGAUUAAUUAUAACGCGAACGCGUCAGCAGUAUCCCUCAAUUGUGACCAUCAGGAGAGCGCUGCAACUUCAUUCGGGAAAGUGUAGUAACGUUCUCGUUAAAGGGUACACUCGGUUACUAAACGGUGAGUACACAUUUUUCUGAAGGAAGUUGCAGCGCUCCCGAUUAUUAUAAUUGAGAGACAAUAGCUGUGUUCAGCAGAGAAAGCUACUUUGCAACAGUUGUAAAAUUCGUGAACCUGAUUGGUGCAUGCCUUUAAUCCUGGCUGGAUCUAAAUCUCUAUUGAAAACAGCCGUUACGCGUUUGCGCUAUGAUCGAUCAUGAUAGGAAGCGAAAUGACAAUGUGUGAGAGACCCCCGACGUCACAACAAGAUGAAAAUUCAGGAAAAAUGUAAAUAUCUAGCACAUUAUUAUCUGUCAAAUAAGAAUGUAAUAAAUAAAUCAGUGCUUAUCGUGAAUUAUCACUUCGGCUCCUGUCAAAGCCGGUAUAACGCAAACGUGUCAGCAGUAUCGUGAGUGCUGAAACUUCAUUCUGAAAAAUAUGUGUAGCCAUCGUUUAGUAGCCGAGUGUAUGCUCGAUCGCAAAGCGGUUUGAGCAUAUUUUCUUCAGUGAAAUUGAGAACUCGUCAAAUGGAAACAAACCACUGCUUACGGGCUUGCAUGGUUAUCGGUUACGAUAGGAGCCGAGUUGGUAUUCUUUGGUCGUGGAACUGGCUCCAUUGACCGAGUCGUAUUUUGUUUCCGAAAUAUAUUCCGAGAUAGGAGCCGAGAUGGCAGAGCAUUGAUCCUUUAUCUGACAGAUAAAAAUGUGAUAAACAUACUUGCGUUCUUCCUGAACCCUCCGCUGUGUGUGACUUCUCAAGUGUCACUUCAGCCUCUAUCACACGGAUUUUCACGCAAGCUCAUGAGUAUAGUGGCUCGCAAACGUGACCAUUUGAGGCAGUUCUAACUUCGCCAAAUGAUAAACGUUAUUCAAGCCGUGUAAGCCUUCGGAAAGUAUACUAUUAGACGGGCGUGUACUAGCAUUAUACACUAUUUAAAACAAUUGCGCGACGACGCUAGCCGAUGAACGGUACAAGCGAGAAACAAAAGUCCGACGUGUCGUCAACGGUCAAACAACGAUUCUCUCCCGACGUGUGUAUGUAUAUGUGUGUGUGCGCGCGCGCAUGUGUGUGUGUGUAUGAGUAUGUAUGCGUGCAUCGGGGGUUACCAUCGAAUUACGGUCGCGCCGAGAAAACCUGAGUCGUCGUCCGAGAGACCACCACCACCAUUACUAUUCAACAAUACGCGACCAACCGCGGGGUCGCGACUAAUAACGAAGCGUCAAGGCGAGUGGAGUAACAUUAAUACGAAGCGUGCCCCAGUUUUAACGAGGCCUGAGUAGUCUUAUUGUGAUAUUAAACUACCACUGUCUUACUUAGAUCUCUGAUAUUAAGAAGGUAACGAUCGCUAAUAAUUUCAAUUUACUAUUAAUCAUUAUUUUCUUAUUAUGUGUAACGCUAUAUCGCUACUAUUAUUAUCGCGAGGAAAUACGUAGCCGAAUAUAACGAGGUUAUUCGUCGAUAAUUAUAGAAAGGAAGGAUAAUUAUAGGAAGGAGAGAGAGAGAGAGAGAGAGAGAGAGAGAGAGAGAGAGAAAGAGAAAGAGAGAGAAAGAAUUAACAUUAUUAUUACUAUACACGUAGGUAAUGUACAGAUUUUGAUUACGCGUCUUCUUUGAGAUAUCCAGGAGCGGCGUGCUAUAUAUAUAUAUAUAUAUACACGCACACAUGUAUAUGUAUAUAUUUGCUUGCUACACACGAAUACGUAGGUGAACGAGAAAGCGUUCCCCCUCCCUGACCCGCGGCUACUUUGCAAGUAUAAUUUCCUACACGUCGUUAUAAUAUUACACAUUGCCGUCAUUUUACCGUGUCUCCGUUGUGUCAAUCGUCCGCCGCGCGACGUAACGCGUGUCUCAUUACGUCGGAAUAUUAACGGCGAUUAACCAUCGCCUUCCCCUCCCCCCGGAGACUCCCCGCCGCCGCAGCUUCGCUUUUAUAUCUACUUGCGCGUGAAUUUGCUCGUAGCUGCCCGGGAUUAAUUAGCGCCCUUUCGGACAACACUCUUCGUCGAGCACACUACGCGACACACACAUGCAAGAGGAUUUGACUGAAAGAACAAACAAGAAAAAAAAAAAACAAAAACACAUAUGCAGAAAGGAAAAAAAGAGCAGAGGUGUAACUUGUAUUAGCAUUAUUAAUGUUAGGCUAUUACUUUUAGACGUGGUAAUUGUUCGAUGUGCCCGUACCCAUUCUAAAGUUUCGCGAGGAACGAACGCCCUCGCGCGACAGCUCGUAAUUGUAUCAUUUGUGUAACGUUGGAAACGCGUGAGAUGCGUCCACACACUCCCGUUUGCCGCUUCUCGAGCUUCCAUCUCGGAACAUCUUCCGUUUUUUUUCGCAUGCUUCUUCUCUGAUUAACGCUUCGCGAAAGUCCCAUCGCGCGUAACACACGAUACCGUGCACAGCCGUCUCUCAUUGACUUGUUUUUACCGUGCGGUGUCUAUUCAUAUUGUUUACGACCGAAGAGAAAAAAUAAAAAAGAAAGAAAAGCGAUCGGGUUGCCGCGGAUACGUGGAUAUCGAUAACUCGAGUCACGGUCACGUAUAAAGACUGAAACGAAUCGUUAUUUUAUAUUUUUAAUCAACACAGCAUAAAAAAUCGUUCCUAAUAGCAUGUUUUCGAAUCCGUGUCGCUUUCUUCAAUCUUUUUUUUUUCCAUUCUUUAUCUCUUUCCUUUUCUAAGCGGCAUUGAGCAAGAUAUAUUCCGCGAACGGCGAUUUUUAAACGCACACCUGCGAAUGUGUCUCUUGGCGUAUAUCUUAUAUAUAUAAUUCUUAUAUAUAUAUAUUGUAUACUAAUACAUUCACAGAUAUACUUACUACCUUUUACAGAAGAUGUAUUAAUAUACGCGAUUUAUAUAUCUCAUAUACGCUAAGUACGUUUGAAUAGUGCGCGUAUUGAAAAUCGUUGCGUACAACGGUUUUGCCCAACCGUCGAUUUUAGAUCAAUUUCUUAUUUUAUUUUUUUUGCCUAGCGAACUCGUUCAGUUCCUUCGUAAUCAGAUAAAAGCGUAUAUCGCUAGAUUCGCGGUAAGUUUUCUUCGAACACACAUCUCACGGAAAAAAUGAAUAAUCGAGAAACGAAUAAAUCGACAAUGGAUUCGCUGUCGACACGAAGCCCAUUUUAGCCCGGGAACUUUUAGGACAAAGUAAUUAUCGUACCAAUUAGUAGUGGUAUUCGCGCGACAUGAUCGAUGAAUGGCCAAUAAACGAGCGGAGGUGUAUUAAUUGUUAAGAGAACUACGUAUAUAAAUACAUAAUUCAUAAUGGCAAAUCUGCCCGAACGACUGACGAAGUAGCGCAUAUUAUUAUUACAUAAUAUACGUAUCCACACGAUUCUCACACAACUUUCUUCGCGGAUUCGUAGUUUAGCCGCUGUUAUCCGAGCGAUCGCGAUACGCAGCGACUAUUAUCACGAAAUCUCGGGUGAAGCACUUCGUUCGAUUACUUCAGGCGACAAGUUUGAUGAGCGUAGUGUCUUAAGACGACGAUUUCUAGCGAACAAGAUAUAUCAAAUUGUGUAUAAAGAUGACGACUGUGUGUGUGCGUGCGUGCGAGUAUGUGUGCUUGCCUACUUGCUUACGAUAAAGACGAGUCUCCUUUGAAGGAACAGUGAGUGUGAAAAAGAGAAUGUAUGUGUGAGUACAUGUGUGUGUGUGUGUGUGUGUGUGUGUGUCUGUCAUGUAUGUGUGUAUGACAUACGAUAUAUGCGCAUAUAUCUAUUAUAUAUAAACAUAUACCAUUACACAUUAAGUGAAAUCACGCAGAGACGCAAGAGAACGAGUUAAGUCUAGGAUUCGUAGAGGAUAAUUAGACGAGCGUUGAGCGAAGAAUAAGCGCGCGGGCGACUCCACUACCUAUUGGUGGGCGAAUUGGAGCCGUUCCCCAAACACGCCGUUCAAUUGUACAGUUUCAAGUUUUUAGUUGUGUUCACUAUUGUAUACAGCGGGAUCAAAUUAUAUAUGUGUAUAGAA